AUGCCGUGGUGUAACGUGAUCUCCUGGACGACCAUGAUGGUGGCCUACUCGCAGAACUUCCAGCUCGCUGAGGCGGAGGCGAUGUUCUUCUCGAUGCCCGAGCGGAGCCUCAUCUCUUGGAACGCGAUGUUCGUCGCGUACGCGCAGCACGGGCAUCUCGUAAAGGAGAAGGCUAUCUUCGACGCCACCCCGGAGAAGACCGACAUCGUCUCCUGGAACGCGCUCAUCGUCAUGUACGCCGCGAACGGCCACGGCCCCGAGGCCGAGGAGUUCUUCCGGGGGCUCAACUUGGAGGGCGUCACCCCGGACGACAUCACCUUCACGGGGAUCUUGGUGGCGGCUACGCACACCGGAUCGGUGAGGCGGGGCGUGGAGAAGGUCCAGAUGAUGGUGGCGGACUUUGGGAUCUGGCCGAGCUGUGAGCACUUUGGAGUGAUGCUCGACACGCUGGGGCAGUCCGGGGAGGUGGCCGGGGAGGAUUGGAGAUGGAAGACGAUGAUUCGGCUUGUGUUUAUCAAUGGCGCCGGUUUGCUUCCACUAUUCUUCAAAAGAUGA